UGCCAAGCUCUCAGGGCCAGUACGCGUCUGACCACGCUGUUGAGAGCAUCCUUCUGUUAGACAGACAACCUCGUUGGAGUAGAAGCCGGUUCUUCACGACACAUAACGAGAUGCCGAAUUGUCCAAAGUGCGACAAGCCAGUGUAUUUCGCCGAGAGGAAGACAUCCUUAGGCAAAGAUUGGCACGGUUCGUGUUUACGCUGCGAGAAAUGCAAUAAGACCUUAACACCCGGGGGUCAUGCCGAGCACGAAGGGAAACCCUACUGCAAUCACCCUUGCUAUUCAGCCCUGUUCGGUCCAGGAGGUUUCGGACGGGGCGGUGCUGAAAGUUACGUUUAUAAUAAAUGAAGCAUAAACA